CUGGACGCGGGCCUCUUGCCGCGUAAUCCGAGCGGAGACGGAGCCGGGAGGCUGCCCCGCGGAGGCCGGGCUGUGCCGAGGCUGGAGCUGUGCGGAGCCUGCGCGGAGGCUGUGCGGCGGCUGUGCGCGGGCUGUGCGUCUUGGACAGUUUUUCCUAACAACCCCCACUGUACGCAUGACCUUAAGCCAACGGUCUUCUGGCCUCUUCUGAACUGACCUCUGAGCAAGAUUUGAAGCAGCCCAACCCUCCUUGAAAGACUUCUGCGUGUUCUGGCACCCCACAUUCACCUGAUCCCGCCACCACCGACCACCACCACCUCUCUUUGGCCCACUUCCUCUGGUAGCCCUUUAAUAAAAGUAUCCAUGGAUAACACUGACGACUCAGUGGAUUCAAAGUCCAUCAAGAAUUCGGACAUUAAAAUUGAGAGGAAAGCAGAGUAUAGAGAUUAAAAGCCUACACUCGGAAGGCCAACACCUACCUUCGGCCUCGGCACUGACACAGCAUCUGCGUGACCUUCGGCACAUCGCUUAGCCUCGUGGUGGUCAUUUCCUCUCUGCGAAAGGGAUGCUACAAAUGUUCACUGUGCUUCUGUGUGAUUCACUUAUAUCCAUGAGAGCUGCAACCUUGGUAAGCUGUUGUUUGAUUUCCAAACAGAAAGCCCUUCCAUGGCAGCAAAUCCAUGGACUCUGGAAUAUCUCUGGACAAUACUUACAAGAUGGAUUACCCUGAAAUGGGCUUAUGCAUCAUAAUCAAUAAUAAGAACUUCGAUAAAAGUACUGGAAUGGCAUCUCGGUCGGGUACAGAUGUUGAUGCAGCAAACCUCAGGGAAACAUUCACAAAAUUGAAAUACGAAGUCAGGAACAAAAAUGAUCUUACCCGAGAGGAAAUUGUGGAACUGAUGUGCAGCGUUUCUAAAGAAGAUCAUAGCAAGAGGAGCAGUUUUGUUUGCGUGCUUCUAAGCCAUGGUGACGAAGGAAUAAUUUUUGGAACAAAUGGACCUGUUGACCUGAGAAAAUUAACAAGUUUUUUCCGAGGGGAUUACUGUAGAAGUCUAGCUGGAAAGCCCAAACUUUUCAUUAUUCAGGCCUGCCGAGGUACAGAACUGGACUGCGGUAUUGAGACUGACAGCAACAUUGAUGAUGACAUGGCAUGUCAGAAAAUACCAGUGGAGGCAGACUUCUUGUAUGCGUAUUCUACAGCACCUGGUUACUACUCCUGGCGAAAUUCAAAGGAUGGAUCCUGGUUCAUCCAGUCGCUUUGUGCGAUGCUGAAGCUGUACUCGCACAAGCUGGAGCUCAUGCACAUCCUCACUCGGGUUAACCGGAAGGUGGCCACAGAAUUUGAGUCCUUCUCCUUUGACUCUACUUUUCACGCAAAGAAACAGAUUCCAUGCAUUGUGUCUAUGCUCACAAAAGAACUGUAUUUUUAUCACUAAAGAAAUGUAUGAUUUUUUCUUUUUAGUUUGUUUGCCAAGUGAGGAGAAGGUUUAUACUGUGUCUUCCCUCAUUUAAAUCUACUCUGGUGCUCCCAGGAGUACUUUCAUAGCAAUAGGGCCACUAUGACGCUACCUCAAACUCAGAAUCGGGUAGUUGAAAUUGAAUUUAAUUAGGAAUAAAUAAAUGGUAGUGGUACAAUUUUGAGAAGAACUGAUUGUAAAUUAAAAGAUCUGAUAAUUAGCAAGUUUUAGUGGUGCUAUGCUCUGAAUUUUCAAGUAAUUAUGGAGUUAAACAUUGAGUAACGAAUUUCAUUGAUACUGAUAUGCUCUCAUGUAAGCGUAUUCUCGUUUUCGUCAAACUAUAGAAAUGAUGAUAGAAUAAUGUGUGGUGAUGGAAUAAUGUAUCCUAGGAUUUAGGGGCCAUGUGCAUGGCCAAGGCAUGAGGAUCUUGAUUUUAGAAUAGGUGUCUUUGGAUGAAUUAGCUGUGUUUUUAGGCCAUUUAUCUGAGCAUAUGGUAAUGUUUAUGCUCAACAUGUAUUUUGUUGUAAAAAUCAUGUUUAAUAUUGAAAAAGAACCUAAAUAUUUUACUUGAAAGUGUGGACAAUCUAAGUUGACACUUUUAAGGCUGAAUACAUCCUUACUAGCAGGAGAGAGAGUUAGAACUCUCGGGUGCUAUACGGCAGCUCAUCCACCAGCAGGUUCUCCCGGUUUGUCCCUGAGCAAGCUGAAGAGCUGCUAGUACAAGCCUCCCAAGCAGACCAGCUGAUAGCAUCGUGCAUUGAAGACAUUCCAUGAGGACACACUAGCAUACAACUGAUACGAUAAACCGUGAAAUGUGAGCAGGACAUAGUAAAUCAGUGCGGGGCACUUUGUCAGUCCAAGGUGGUUUGGGCCUGAGCACAGACAGCGUAGCCAUGUAAUGAAGGCAGGACCACGGGCUCCGGCUCCAGGAAGAGGACUGUGUGCCUGGAGACCGUCCCAGAGGAGGGCUCUCCAAGACACUGAACCAAAUCAGAAACUCUGAAAUGGAAGCUUUCCAAAGAAGAUGAGAGUCACAACAAAGACCGGAGCGCCCUCUGCAGUAAAAUAUCUGAGCGUGCUCUCUUCUGCUGAAGUCUGCGAUCAAAGGAAAUGAUGCUGUUAUGAUUGCUUACUGCUCUCCGAAAUGAAAGGGCCAUAGUACACAGGACUGAGAAGGCAUCCAGUCUUCCCGCUUUGGUGCUUGGUGCCCGGGAAACAAGGUGAGGGAAGCAGCGCAACCAUCCCUUCCCUCCCCCGCCACCGCCCAGGAGGCCUGGUUCUCAUUCUCAAGCUUCCUUUUGCUCAAAGAAAGCAACUCGCAUUUGUAAAUGACAGUUUGGUUUUUUUUUACUAUGUCUGUAACUUUUUCUAAAGCAGCAGGUAACGGUAUCUUAAAGUGUGUUCUAUGUGAUGAUUUUGUAAAGAGUUGCUAAUGAAUUUUUAUUUCAAAAUAUAAAUUCUAACAAAAUUA